AUGGAGGCGAGUUCAUUCCAAGGACUUAUCCAUGAAGAAUUGUUGCCAAAGGAACAUCACGUCUUUGAUAUCCUCCAUUAUAUUAAAGUUGCGUUCAAGAAGCAUGCCUUGGACGAUUUCCAGGAGUCCGAUUGUUUCAACAAAGAAGCGUUCCGGUAUCGAGAGUCGACACAAUCAUUUGCUGCUUUAGCUAUUCAGUCUGCAUCCUUGUCGCAUUCGGAGUCUGCUUUGUUUGACAUGGACCAUCCAUCUCCCAUGGGUUUUAUCAACAGCGAAAUCGAAUUCCGUAAAUUGGACCCCGAUCAACUGAAUUUGCAGAGAACCAAACUCGGCUUGGAUGAGUGGGAAAAAAAUAUCUCCAAAGAUUGA